UAGUUUGCUUUAUACUACACGCUGGCGGUGCUGUUGACCAAUCAUAUCUUAACAGUCUGUGGUUUUGUAUGUCAGUCGAGCAUCCGUAAAGGGCCGCUCAAUGCAUAUGACCGCAUUUGAAAGAUUGCUCCGAACACUCACAAACAUCCCCGGAGGUGAUAGAGCCGAUCUUUUCGCAUCGGGUGCAGUAUCAAUCUACACCGGUUAAAAUGGCGGCGAUGCUGAGAGCGGCUGAAAAUGUGCUUUGGAGUGAUACAUUUUGGUUCGCUAACGGGACAUCAUGGAAAGAUUUGGAAAGCACAGACCCAGAUAUAUAUUACCCAAAGUUCUCCGAUAUGAACAAAUCGUUUUUCGUUGGGUUUCUGCUGCUGGGACUCAGAUAUAUUUACGAGAGAUUUAUUGUUGUUCCAAUUGCUAAAAGCCUCGGCCUUAAAGAGAGAAAUGUCCACCUUGUGCCAAACCAGAAUUUGGAGGCCAUGUAUAGAAGUAUCAAAGGGAAGCAGCUGUCGAAGACAGACAUUGAGAAAGCACAAAAACAAACUGAUAUGACAGAAAAACAAGUACAAAGAUGGUUUUUCAAGCGUAGACUGAAAGAUGUGCCAAGUAACCUCUUCCGAUUCCGGGAUCAGAGCUGGCAGAUGCUCUUCUACUUGAUGUCCUUCCUAUAUGGAAUGUUCGUUUUGUGGGAUAAGCCGUGGCUGUGGGACACAACACAUUGCUGGAAAGGCUGGCCUAAACAGCAUGUCACCAAUGAUCUGUACUACUUUUAUCUGGUGGAGCUGGGCUUCUACUGGUGCCUGCUCUUCACACUUUUCUAUGAUGUCAAGCGCAAGGACUUUUGGGAAAUGGCUACACAUCACUUGAUCACGAUGCUACUGUUGUACUUCUCCUGGAUCACUAACUAUGUCCGUGUGGGGACACUGGUCCUAGUUGUGCAUGAUGCUUCUGACCACUGGAUGGCCGCAGCUAAGAUGGCCAAAUACCUCAAGAAGCAGAUGCUCUGUGAAGUGUUGUUCUUCAUCUUCAUCCUGAUCUGGGUGUUCUGUCGUCUGUACCUCUACCCCUUCAGGAUAUUAAAGACGACCUACUUUGAAGUACAUGACUAUGUUUCGGUGGGGACAUGCUUUUGGCUGUUCAACUUUCUGCUGGCUGUCCUGCAAGUUCUACACAUUCUGUGGACAUACUUCAUACUGCGAGUGAUAAUCAUGAAAGUUACCAAGGGAUCGAUCGAGCGUGAUAUACGCAGUGACACAAGUGAUAUGGAAGAUAUUUCAUUCAGCGAGAGUGACGAAGAAUGUUCCAACAAUACUCCAAGCAAACCAGUGAUGAACGGCGUGACAAUACCCCGUCUGAUACGAAACCAUGACAGCUAGGUGAAGUGUGGCACUCUACCUCAGGGGAGCACGCCAGUCCUGGAGAGGCUGCGACGCUCUGUCCACCGCCUGCACAGUCUAGACUUCACCUCUUUGUCGUUAUGUGACUCAUGCUACUAGUACACCAAUGACAGCACCAUAGAGUGUUCAAGUUGUUUACCUUGAAUGCAUAUAUAUUCCUUAAUGCUGUCAAGGGCUGGCUUCAGACUUAUGUAGUGCCAUUGUAAUCAGAACUUGACAUGUACAGUUAAGAAUGGGCCUGCAUGGUAGUUUUCAUAUUAGAUCACAAGAAGUUAAGGUUUAUGCAUGUGUGUUCCUAAAUAUUUAUCAUAUUUAAGAUGAUUUUGUUUGAAAAAAGAAAAUGAGGAGAAAAGUCAAGUUUGAGGCUGUAGUGUCAGCUAACGUUCCAUCUAUAUAAUUUCUACAUUAAACUCAGGUUCAAAUUCUGAUUGAACAAGCUGACGAAUUUAGUAUUUCAUGUGACCAAUAUUAUGUCAAGUCUCCAGGCUUAGUCUCCUCCUUAACAUAACCACAAAUAUUCUGUUGCUUGUUCUGCUUAUGUGUUGAAUGCACUGCCGAGGACUAUUGACCCGUUGACAUGUUGGAAAAGUGACACACUGUCACAGUGUUGGAUGUCCCAUGUUCGGCAUAUCUUGUACUGAAGACAACUGUGCUAUAGAUGGCACCAUCAAGGAACUAGACUUCUAGUUUGUUGCAGUAGAUCAUGCUCAAACCUUUACUUUCCUGUCUGCAAAAUAUAGUAAUGGAGUUUUUCAUUUCAAUUCUGAUUGAUUGAUCGUGUUGUGCAGACCAUAGAUUGUAAUAGGGCUAUGACUGCUUUGUGGAACAUGGCCCUGGUUUGCAGGGGUGCAUGUCACAUGAUAUGUAUGCACAGCAGCAGCAAUAUUUUUCUCAGUCCAAAUGAUUUCUGAAAUGUGAAUAGGGGAGGUAACUCUAUUGUAUUCAAGUGCCUUGGAGCUAGCUUUGGUUGUUUCGUAUCAAUCUCAGUUGUCAGACUUUGAAACCCCCAAUAUCUGUGGACAUAUUUCUCUAUGAUGUCUGAUGCCAUGUAUAACUAAGAGAAAGUCUGUUUUAAUUGUAUUACAGUGAUACAAUUUGAUUUUAAGGAUGUGGUCCUUCUUGAAGAUAUCCUGCAUACAGAAACAAGAGAGAGGAACCACAUUUCAGUUUUAACAAAGAGCAUAAACCACUACCAGAAAAAAAUGUUAUUAUGUGAAAAUAAUGUCAACCAUCUUCAAGGCAGCUUUUUACUUGGACUUAUUAAAGGAGAUUUUGAGAGAGGGACCACAUUUGAAUUGAAAAUAAAGGCAAAAAAGUUGUAAAAUAUUAUUUCCAUAUGCCGAUUGAAAAUGUUUAGCUAUUUGUUCAUUGAAGUCUGACUUUCACAUAUUUUAGUCAUAUGCUGUUGAAAUCAUGCAUUUGAAAAAGUUACAAGAAAAUAGUAUAAUAUGCAAA